CUCUCCACACCCUCCCAUCGCGGAAAAUGGCCUCUCCCGCAGUGGGGAUGGCCUCGCCACCCCGCAGCCCCCUCACAAGUGACAAAUUGAGCCUGCGUUGUGUGAACAAGGCCUUCAGUCGUGUGUACGUUCGUGUGGUUGAGGCGAGGCAUCGCGAGAAGGUGGAGCAGGAGAUCGAGAUGGCCACGGAGAAGGAGGACAAGAUGACACUGGAGGGCGGCAUGACAGGGGGAUUUGGUGGCGUGGAAAUCAGCGUGGAGGCGAGCAAAGGAAACGAAAAAAGUAAGCGGCACGCGUAGAGAGUGGUGACGCGAGAGAUGAGGGUGUGAUUUGACGCAUUCAGGCGAGAAGAAACAGGAGAGGACCUUUGUUCACAUCCAGUACGCCAAACUAAAGGACUCGCCCGGCUGGUAAGGACACAAGAGCAUUCCACCGAGGCUUUAUGUGUCUCCUGCCACGUGCACGUUCAGGACGGCUAUUGACCCUGGCAAAGAGGCCAUUGUGGCAAGCCUCGACUCCCCCCUCAUCUCCAUCAUCAUUGAGGACUCUGAGGCCUUUCAGCUGCUGAACCACCUCAUACAUCCAGAGCAGUACCCCAACGGCAUUGUCAUUGAGAGGGUGAGCAUGCACUCCUCCAUUUAUCUCGCAAUAUGAUGUCUCUGUGUGCCUGCAUGUAGGCCAAUCCACCUUUCUCUCCGGUGGAUGCUCUCGAGGAGGCGAAUAUCAAAGCCAAAGAGUCCGCCUUUCGCUUCAACAAUCUCAGCACGAAGCUCGUCUUGACCGCCGUGGAGAGCGCGGGUCUUGGCGUGUCAGUCGGUUUGGAGGAGAAGAAGAGCCGUGAGAUACAUGAGGAGGCCGAGCACUCGCAGCUGUGGAUGCGGCAAGUCGAUGGGCUGUGUCCUGCGGACGCCUUUCGUUUGCUGCCGAUGGCGUUUCCCGAUAAGACGCUUGCAUUGAGCACUAUGAUGGGCAACAAGCUUGUGCUGGCCUCACCCACAAUCAGUGAGGAAGAGGCGAAGUAUCAGCAGUGGAUCAUGGUUCCAGUCGAGAUAGAGGACAUUGCGCAGCCGACGGGCAGGAGCAGGUGUGUGCGGCCUGUUCUGCUGCUGUCAGCCCUCCAAGGAUCAGCUGGUUGCGUCGCUCGACAUGCAGUUUGAGCAGAGGCAGAGGAGGGGAAGCAGCAAAUUUGAUGACCACUAUGUGGCCCUCAAGUGUUUCGGGUCGUCAGACCAUGUCAUAAGUGCGAAGGCAUCUGGCAAGGGCAAGGGUCUGGUGAUGGCGAAGGCAGAGAACGGUGUACCAAUCGAGGCUCUGUGGAAAUGCAGUCGGCCGACUAAGAAGGUCAGCCAAAUAAGAUACCAAUACCCACCACGAUGUAUUCCUUUUGCAGAUGAGCCUGUUCGAGGCUUGUGCAGAGGGCAAUACAGAUGCUGUGCUGCAAAUCGUCGAAGCGCAUGGUGUCCAGAGUGUGCAGGAGAUCGAUGCGGUGAUAAUGGAGCUCGAAGGAAAAGAUGACGCGCAUUCAAUGAGUGACUAAUCCAUUGCAGGACGGUUUCACCGCAUUACACUAUGCCGCACAGAAUGGCCACGUUGAGGUUGUCAAGGCGAUUGUAGCUGCUGGCGGCACCAAUCUUAUCAAAAUGCAUGCAGAAGUAAAGGUCACAUGAGACAUACAAUGGCACAGAACCAAUGGUACCCACUACAACAUCAUCUCUUGCUUUCUGUCAGGACAAACCCACUGUCAUGCAUCUUGCGGCCGAAAAGGGUCAUACGGCAGUCGUCAUGGCACUUCUCGAGCCAGAAAAGGACCGUCACAAAGUCUUGUCGCUCACUGACAAGGUGAACGAGUUGUCAAGGGCUACGAAGAGAAUUGACAAUGAAUUGACAAUGGCAUUGCAGGAGUAUGCAACCCCGUUCGCGUAUGCCGCACGGAAUGGCCAUGUUGGCGUGAUGAAGGUGAUGUUUGAAGGUCGAGGCAAAGUGCUGUUGGAAGAUUAUGCCCUGGUAAACAAACACACACACACACACACACAUACACACACACACACACACAAAACGAAGGCACAAAGCUGCAUCUUCUUGUUGUGGGUUCCAACAGGAUGGUUUCUUCCCCAUCCAUGAGGCAGUUCAUAAGAAUCACGUCGCUGCCGUAGAGCAGAUAUUGACUUGGGGAGGCGAGAAGGAGCUGCACAGACGCGACGCAGUCAGCUCAGAAUAAAGAACUAGUCCUCGUCUGACACUGCGUGUGUUACUUGUCUCCUUCUUUAGAAUGCAAGCACACCAUUCCUCAGAGCUGCGUACAGCGGUCACGUCGAAGUGAUGCAGGUGCUAUAUGAUGUUGGCGGAAAGGACCUCCUCACACAACAUGCAGAUGUAAAGAAUAUACCACUGCCGCCUACUGAAACAGAAUCCUGCUGGUGCUUCUCUUGCAGAAGAGCUUUCACUAUACUGAGACAAAGAAGCUGAACAAAGCUGGAGCUGAAGCUGAAGCUCGUGACAUUCAAUGUACUUUUUCCACCGGUUUUGACAACGCCAUCGAAAAAAGACGGGCAGACAAUGUAAGUGUACAAGCAUUUCAGCCAUCGACAGGCGGUCAUUUGCUCUGUGUGUGGCUACAGGUUACUUGGGUGGAGCUGUAUCCAAUCCAUCUGGCAUCCUGUCAGGGCCAUGUCGAUGCAACGAAUCAGCUCAUCAAGUGGGGAGGAGAAGAAGAGUUGAAGAGAAGCAACACAGUAUGCUGGAAGGGAGAUGAAUCACUAGGCAGCUCUCUGAUUACUUGCGUGGCUGCAGUACCAUUACACACCAUUUCUCCUCGCGGCGCGUCGUGGUCACCUUGACGUGAUGAGGGCAAUGUUUGCGAAAAAGGGCGAAGAGUUGUUGGAGCAACAGACCUCGGUAAGGAGCCAGACAUCAGCAAAUAGAAUCAAAUAUAUGGGCUGUGUAAAUGUACAGAGUGGCAAGUUUGCGAUUCAUCUGGCAAUUGAGAAAAACCACGUCACCGUCAUCAGCCAGCUAGCCCAGUGGAGCACACAAGAGCUCGACAAAUCUGCAGUAAGGCGUCUUCUUUUGGCCCCGUAUGCAGUGUAUCAUUGGGUUUCUGUGGAUGAAUGCAGUGCCUGUACAUUGACGGACGGCAUGUGGUGUUCACACCCUUUUUCGUCGCCAUACGGCAUGGUCGCCUUGAUGCGAUGCGGACGAUAUAUGCCAGAAAAGGCAAGGCGUGUCUCUCCGAGAAAGUAGACUUCGGCGAGGAGACGAACGCCAUUGCCAAACCUAUGGCACGGGUCGCACGGCCUUUCACUGACGAUCAUGUGAGUGCCACCAUACUGUCGACAUAAACAAAUUCCAUUAGUCCUGACGUGUAUAUGGAAUGCAGAGAAGCAGGUUCCCAAUCCAUUAUGCAGCUGAAAUUCGAAACGUCGCCAUAAUCGAUCUGCUGCUCUCGUGGGGCGGGAAAGCCGAGCUGGACAAACAUGAUGAGGUGAGGUAUCGCAUGAAUUGCGUUGACAAUGUGGCUGCCACAUGUGUCUAUUGUUGGUGGUCAUAGAAAAAGAGGACACCCUUUCUCAUAGCUGCGGCUGACGGUGCUGUCGAUGCAAUGCGGACGAUGCAUGCUGUUGGAGGCAGCGAGCUGCUAGAACAACACGAUGAAGUGAGAUGGGUACAUGACAACGUCAGGUGAUAUCUUUGUGAUGUGCAUGCAGGAUGGCAACUAUGCCAUUCAUCUAGCAGUUCUCAAGAGAAAGAAACUUCCCAAGUGGGAUGGUAUUCAUCCUUCCAUCGAAGACCACGAGCAUUCUUCUGAAGCCGUCAAGCAACGUGGUCUUGAAGCAGCCGUCAAGCAACUGAUGGAGUGGGGUGGCGCUCAACUCUUGACCAAGAAGAACAAUAAGGUGAGGCAUCGCGCAAAUUGUGUUGACGAUGUGGAUGCUGUCUCUAUGAUUGGCGGCUACAGAAAAAGAGGACACCCUUUCUCAUAGCUGCGGCUCGCGGUGAUGUCGAUGCAAUGCGGGCGAUGCAUGCUGUUGGAGGCAGCGCGCUCUUAGAGCAACACGAUGAAGUGAAAGAGGAAGGGUACAAUGAGACAAAAUCAGGUGACAUCUUUGUGAUGUGUACGCAGGACGGCAACUACGCUAUUCAUCUAGCAGCUAUGGAGAAUUCUGUUGCGGCCGUUGAGCAACUGAUGGAGUGGGGUGGUGCCCAACUGCUGACCAAGGAGAACAAUGAGGUUGCUUUUCUUGUCGCUUUAAUCUCAUGAUUUUGCUGCUUGCUUGCCUCAGAAAAAGACCCCACUGGAUGUUGGAAAAGGUCAAUCGAGUACGGACCCUGUCCUGUUGUUUUGGUGGUAUGAGGGGAGGUCGACACCGUUUCUUCUCGCCAUGCGAGAUGGUCGCCUUGAUGCGAUGCGAGCGAUAUAUAUAUUCGCCAGAAAAGGCAAGGCGUGUCUCUCCGAGACCACAGAAGUAAGUGCCACUGCACUGCCGACAUAAAUAAACUUGAUUGGUCCUAAUGUGGAUGUGGAAUGCAGAUGGGCAGCUUUCCAAUCCAUUACGCAGCUGAGGGGGAAAAUGUUGCCAUGAUUGAUCAGCUACUGUCGUGGGGCGGGAAAGCCGAGCUGGACAAACAGGAUAAGGUGAGGUAUCCAUGAAUCGCGUUGACAAUGUGGUUGAUGGUAUGUGCCUAUCAUUGGUGGCUACAGAAAAAGAGGACACCGUUCCUCAUAGCUGCGGUUGGCGGUCAUGUCCGCGCAAUGCGGGCGAUGCAUGCUGUUGGAGGCAACGCGCUCUUAGAACAACACGAUGAAGUAAGGGGAAUAGUGCCACGGGAUAGUAUCAGGUGAUAUCUUUGUGAUGUGUACGCAGGACGGCAACUACGCUAUUCAUCUGGCGGUUGAGCAGUUCUUUCUCAGACGGGAGUUCCUUCCGGUCGUUAAGCAACUGAUGGACUGGGGUGGUGCCCAUCUCCUGACCAAGGAGAACAAUGAAGUGGCUUUUCCUGUCGCUUUGAUGUCAUGAUGAUCUUACUGCUUGCUUACCUCAGAAAAAGACCCCACUGGAUGUUGCGCCCGGAACACUCGCUCGCGAUCCGGGCGAAGUACGGCAGUUCCUCCGCAGCUAUAAAUAGGCCAUUUUCUGUUGUCUUGGUAUCGGACGGCGCAUAGGAAUGCUGUGUGACAGUGUGUGUGAGGACACGUAGUCAUGUGGCUGUUGGUCAUAUAUAUGGUGUGCCGUGAGACUCAAGAGCUUCACUGGCGCAACAUACGAGCCUGUCACGUUGCGCAGAAGAGGGAGACAUGGC